UUUACAAUUAUACAAAAUGCCCGACGUCAUUGCGUGGAAAGGUGUCAACAUCUGAAACAGCCUACAACAUUACGUCAGAAAAGGCAAAAAUCCAAGAGGCACAUUCCACAUCAUCAUGGAUUUGAAUGGAGUUUUGCGUUUUGUCCUGUUCCUUGUGCCUUUGUCGCCAAUGAUUUGCUCUUUUGAAAGAAAAGUUUGUCUAGAAACGGUAUUGAAGUUUGGGUUAAGUGAUGUUGCUUGCAAGUUCAAAAAAAGUUAUUUGGAGGCGAGUUUCCAGGAGCUACCUUUUGGAAGAUUCCCUUGCAAAGAACAGUGUGCAUUAAAAGUGGACUUGAAUGACAAAAAGAGUGUUUUUAAAGUGAAGAACGUACACAUUUUAUUCAAUAGGGAUACAUUAGAAACUCAUCAGUGCCAAUCUACACAUGGAGUACAUGGAGUUAAUAUUAAAGUGCAUUGUUCCUCAAAAGACCUUAAAAAUUAUUUUGGACAUGUCUGCUCAAACAAUUCUGACAUUUUGAAGCUGAACACAACCUACUCUAAAUUAGGAGAAAUGGGAACAUGUGCAUGUAAGGAUGGAUUUAUCCUAGUUAACGGUAGUUGCAAAAAAGACAUUUUCAAUCUAACACAAUUGACAUACUCAUACUUCCCUACUUUUCUCCAAAAGAUGGUUUGGUUCUUGGUGAAAGCUGUUUUGUCGAUAGACAGUGCUCUGGUUCAGCAAAUUCCAGAAAUUGUUCGAAGAAUAAAUGUGAUUGCCAGUCAGGGUAUUAUAAUAAAAGUUCACAAUGUUAUCCAAGACAUGCAAAACUGGGUAAUGCUUGUGUUGACAAUGAACAAUGUUCUGAGACGACCAAUAACAGCUGCUGUGAAAAUUCAACUAAGAUUUGUAAUUGCUGUCCAGGAUUCUAUGUGGAUCAAAGUUUUACACAUUGUAAAAGAAAUAAGUGUGGAAUGGAAACUACAACACCCAAUACUCAGAUUGCUACAUCUGAACCAAAUUCAGAACAUCAAUUAUUUGAUGUUACCCAAGAAACACUAUUAGAGGGAUCAAACACUGGAAUCAUUGUCACAGUUGGAGUUUGUUUUGGAUGCUUUGUUCUUGGUGUGGUCGUCAGUCUCGGUAUUGUUUUCAUCGUUCUGAAAUGUAGAUCCCAAGGAAAUCAA